UGUUUUGUCUCAUCUAGUUUGUUAUUAUUGUUCGAAGCUAUUGGUGGUUAUCUUAUUGCAAUUUCGUUUGCUUUUCAAUGAAAACAAGUGUUACAUAUUUAAAGGAAAUAAUACUCUAAUUAUUCGAUCAAAAGUUUGACUAUAUAGAAGGAAAAUAAUCGCAACUAAGUAAUCUGCAUUUCCUAAACCCUUCACUUUGGGGUCUGAUAACAGCUUCAAACGGAUGUAAAAAAUUUACUUCUCGGUGAAAAAGUAUCGGGACUUGACCAAACACACCCUUUCUUUCUAAAUUUGAGCGCUGUUCGACGGAUUGUUCAUUUAGUGUAGCUGCGAUUAAGACUUGAAAUCAUUGUCGGCUUUUAAAAUGGAUAAAAAUGUCGAGCAGAGGCACUGCUUAAAAUUUUGUGUAUUAAGCGAAAUUUCGUGCGCAGAGGCCAGAAAAAUGCUUCAAAAAGCCUACGGAACUUCUACUAUAUCUAAAACAAGGGCAUACGAGUGGUAUAAGGCUUUCAAAGAUGGUCGCAAAAUUGUUGACGAUUUACAUCGCUCGGGACGUCCUUCGACUUCGAAUACCGACAAAAAUGUCGAAGAAGUCAAAAAAAUUGUGCUUGCGAAUCGCAAUGUGAGCAUUAGGAAAAUUGCUAAUAAUCUUAGCAUAUCUUACGGAUCGGCUCAACGUAUUCUGGUCGAUGUUUUAGGCAUGAAACGCAUGAACGGUGACGAUCCGUGGACGUGCGAGAGCGACGAUUUAGGUAAUCAAGAAUCUUCUGAGUCUUGUGCUGAAAUCGAACCAAGAGCGAAAAAGCUACGUCGAAGUCGAUCGAAAAAAAACAACAUAGGUUAAUUUGCGGAGUUUUUUUAUUAUUAGUAUACAUUAAUACUAUACAUAGUAAAUUAAAAUACCAUUAUGUUAUGUAAUAAUUCUAAAUUUUUCUUUUCAAUGGAUUUAUUAUCAUAUUUUAUAUUUAUUUUAAUUAUAAAUAUAUCAAUAUGUGACCCUUUUUCGAAGGCAAUGUAAUUCAUCGCAAGUGCAAACGACAAUUUAACGUGUGCUGCUCAAAAACAAUUAAUUGUCAUUUACAUUUUCUCUCAUUUAGUUGCCUAUUUAUUAUGGUCGUGAGUUGUUUAGUGUUCUCGUCUUAUUAAGCUUUUUGAUAUAUCAGCAAAAGCGAAUUUCCCUUUUUUCUUCGCCAAAAUAAUUCAGUAAUAAAUAAAGAAUUAAAUUCUGUCAAAAAAAUACCGGGAAUAUAUAAUUCAACAAUUUCGAUCCGCAAUCGGAUCUUGUACAACAGCUGUUUGUGCUCCACUUUGGCUUUUUUAUUAUGGAUAAAAAUAUCGAACAAAGAAUUUGUCUAAAGUUUUGUGCGUCCAGUGGAUUCUCGUGCGCAAAGUCGUUGAAAAUGUUGGAAAAGGCCUAUGGCGACGUUGUUCUAUCGAAAACAAGAGCAUAUGAAUGGUACAAAGCAUUUAAGGAUGGUCGUGAAGUCGUUGAGGAUUUGCCUCGCUCUGGUCGACCCUCAAAAUCGUCCAAUGAGGAAAAUAUUGAUAAAAUCAAAACAAUGGUUUUAGAAAAUCGCCACCUAAGCUUAAGAGAGAUAGCGCGGGGUGUUAACAUGUCCCAUGAAUCAGUUCGCGGCAUUUUAGUCGAUAUAUUGGGAAUGAGACGUAUAAAUGGCGACGAUAAGUGGAUGUAUGAAAAUGAAAAAGAAACGACCCAA